UAGUAUUGUACAUUUUUAUCAAAACAUUUCAAAGUAAUCUAGAUUUGGAUCAGCUUGUUUUGGUUAAGUACAUUUCAAAUAUCUUUAUAUCUAUCUGAAAAAGAGAAACACUAAUGUCGUCAAGCAGCACAACUCUGAAGAAUUAACAUAUUUGUCAAUAGACAGUGCUGUACAUGUUCAGAAUACCUCAUGCCACAAGGAGCUCAAUGUGUGUGUGCUGUUUUCAGUGUUUAGUGCAUGUGUUAAGUGAUCUCUGGAAUAAUGAUGAAUAAUCAAUACUCUUCGGAUGGUUGAGGAGCUGGGAAUAAGGUAGACUGAUGAUCAUCUCAACGCUUUUUUUGGUGAAUACAAUCACUCAUAGCAAUGCUCCAAAAUAUAGAAAACUAUCUCUCGACUGUAGAGACAGUUGCUCUAACAAAAGCAGGAUAAACUUAAUUUUGCAUCACUAAGUGUUUCCAUACCUUCUCUACAUCACACCUACUCAAAGAGCGUGAGAAAGAAGCGAGUGAGUAAAAGAGAGAGAGAGAGAGAGAGAGAGACGUCUUGACGUCAUUCAUGUUUAUUAGCAGUCUCGUUUCCCACAAACACCAGUCUCACACUGCUCGUUCUCUCUGCAGAGGGGUACAGUCAGAGCCGUGGUCUGCAUCAUCUCUGCCAUGCAGCGGGAGAGACAGGACAGCUUCUCCUCCAUGUAAAGAAUAGGCGGAGAGAUGAACGAGAGCGCAGCAGCUAAUGAGAGUUGGACGGGGCUCGCGCUGUCCUCCUCGUCGCUCUUCGACUUCCCCGUGAACCCCUGGGACAUCAUGCUGUGCCUCUCCGGCACGGUGAUCGCGUGUGAGAAUGCCAUCGUGGUGGCCAUCAUUUUCUACACCCCCACUCUCCGCACGCCCAUGUUCGUGCUGAUCGGCAGCCUGGCCACGGCGGACCUUCUGGCGGGAGUGGGACUCAUCCUAAACUUCGUGUUUCAGUACGUGGUGUCUUCGGAGACAAUCAGCCUCAUCACGGUGGGCUUUCUUGUGGCCUCGUUCACGGCGUCCAUCAGCAGCCUCCUGGCCAUCACGGUGGACCGCUACUUGUCGCUGUACAACGCUCUCACCUACGUGUCGGAGAAGACGCUGCACUACGUGCACCUGAUGCUGGUGGGCGCGUGGGGCGCGUCGCUGGGGCUGGGCCUGCUGCCCGUGCUGGGCUGGAACUGCCUGGACGACGCGGAGGCGUGCAGCAUCGUGCGGCCGCUGCGGCGCGCCAACAUCACGCUGCUGGCGGCCUCGUUCUUCGUCAUCUUCGGGCUCAUGCUCAGCCUGUACCUGCGCAUCUGUAAGAUCGUGUGCCGCCACGCGCAUCAGAUCGCUCUGCAGCAGCACUUCUUUGCCGCCUCGCACUACGUGGCCACCAAGAAGGGAGUGUCUACGCUCGCCAUCAUACUGGGCACGUUCGGUGCCAGCUGGCUGCCCUUCGCCGUUUACUGCCUGGUGGGCGAGCGCGAGUACCCGUCAGUGUACACGUACGCCACGUUGCUGCCCGCCACCUACAACUCCAUGAUCAACCCCAUCAUCUACGCGUACCGCAACGCGGAGAUCCAGCGAUCCAUCUACCUGCUCCUCUGCGGCUGCUUUCACGUCAACGUGUCUUACCGCUCCAGAUCACCCAGCGAGGUCUAGAGUUGCACACGGACACCAAUCAAAAGCUCCUUACUCCGUUCGUUCAAAUAGACGUAUGAUCAAAAACGACCUUACGAAUCUUUAGGUUUACAUCUACAUACUGCUGCCUUUUUACCCCGCUUCACUGUCUGAUGUGUGAACAACAGGAAUGGAAACGUGUCCAACGCUUGCUGUCUGUCGCGCAGUUGCACUUUACUGAGACUCUUAUCAGCCAAGAAUCCUUCCCUAAACUGUGAACAACACUUUCAGACUUGUGGUCGAAGAAGCAUCAAAAUGCAGCAUUAAGAAUGUAUUUCUAGCCAUCGUAUGUGGGAAAGAUAGCACUUUAUUAUCUAAAUUUGAAAUGCCAAAGCAGUAUUGUAUACUGUAUACUGAGUCAUUGGUGUGAUGAAGUUUUUUUGUUGUAAAAUUACCAAUAAUUACAUUUUAUAUGAGAUCAAGAACAGA